CUUGGCUCUAGCAUCAUCACCACACAUGCAUUUUGAGGCACUCAACUUGGCUACCUCCCCACGCACCCCUUCAACAUUGCGGAACAUUCCUACUCGAAUUGACGUGCUCUAAUUGGCAUCCCGUCUCCAAAUUAAAUUUCACGAGCAAAAACGUCGAAAAGAUGGCGGCCGGAAUCAACCAAGACGGAUUCGACCGCCGCAUGGCCGUGGUCAAACGACUUCUCCAAAGUCUCAACCUUCAAGCCGUCAACCUAUCCACAAUAGCAUACGACACUCAGUACGCAUACCCAUUCAACAGUUUUCUCUACAGAGUAGAACUAGCCAUCCCGGCAUCAUCUUCCGUGUUCCCAGGCACGCAGCCCGGCACAACGCCAGCACCCCCCGGGGGCGUGUCCACCCUGGUCGUCAAGCUCAGCAACCUCGCAGCGGAAGGCAUCAACAACGCCAACCGCGUGCAAAACGACGUGGCGGCGCAGCACAUCGUUCGUCAGUCCAUGGCGCGGGCCGGGCUCGCGCCGCUCGUCCCGGCCGUCUACGCCUGGGCACCGGCCACGACGAACGAUGAUGUUAAGAAUGAGGAGGGCUUUGGGUGGAUCAUGUUGGAGUGGAGGAGCGGCGUGGACCUCGACGCGGAGUUCUCCACGCUCGAGGCCGAUGACAAGACACAGGUCCUGAAGCAGGUCGCUGCUAUUUUCAAGGCCAUUCAGGGAGCGACGCUGCCAGAGACCGUCACGAAAUUCGGCGGGCUCACGUUUGACGCUAGUGGACGCAUCAUGAGCGCGGAAGCACCUCGGUUCCAAUGUCAGCCCGUCGAGACAUACGCCCACUGGAGGGUCUUCAGACUGCGCAAGCAACUCGAGCAAGCGGCCAAAAGCCCCGUCAUUCAAGGCUGGAAAAGGAACAACGUGGACGCCAGGAUCGAGAAGUUUCUCGCCAGCGGCGGACCUGAGAAGGUUCUCCGUGGCGUGGACUUAAACCGCAAGAACUUGAUACACGGAGACUUUACCACGAACAACAUGCUGUUCGACAAGGCGACGAACAAAAUCACGGCCAUCCUCGACUUUGACUGGUCCUUUGUCUCCCAUCCCUUUGACGAGUUCACGUCCAGCCUCAGCGACCUCGGCGGCAAAGUCACCCUAGACGACGACGACGAGGUCGAGCGGGCUAUUCUCUCCGGCGACUUUUUCGCCGGCAUAGCAGAGGAGCCCAAAGAGAAGAAGGACAAGUGGCAACUGGCCAAGACGUUCAGCGCCGCGAUGCAGGAGGCGCGGGUGACGCGUCCGAGUGACAUGCUCGGCGGCGCGGACAAGAUUCGCGACCUGCUGCUGUUUCAGGGGAUGCUGUGCCCGUUUCGGUUGGGCAACGAGUUUAUGCUCAAGCAGCUUGAUGAUGCGAAGAAAGCGGAGCUGCGCGACGAGACGGAGGCGAGGUUAGUAAAGUGGCUCGAAAACCAUGGGUUCUAGGGACUGAGCUGAAGACUUAUAAUCAAGAUGUUAAUAUAAAUUAUAG